AUGGGAAAUACAAGAAGCUCGGAAGAUAAGUGCAUAUUUUGUAAGAUAUGCCGAAAAGAGCAUCCUGAUUCUAAAAAUAUUUUGGCUGAAAAUGAGAAACUGGCUAUAUUUAGUGAUAUAAACCCUGCAGCAAAACAUCAUUAUCUUGUUGUACCGAAACAACAUAUAAAUAAUCCGAAGACUCUUAACACUAAAGAGCAUAUAGAGAUAAUCAAAGAAAUGGUUUCAUUCGGAAAGGACUAUCUUCAGAAGCAAAAUGAUGUCGAAGAAAAAGACACGAAGAUUGGUUUUCACUGGCCUCCAUUUAUAUCUAUUGAACAUCUUCACCUCCAUAUUAUAUGUCCUGCAUCAUCGAUGAGUUUGUUGCAUCGUGCAAUGUUUAAUAAUUCGUAUAUGGUUGAUCCAGAAUAUGUGAUUGAUAGGAUUGAAUCUAAAAUCGAAUCUCAACUUUGA